CGACGGGGGAAGAGGAGAGAAAUCGGAGCCAUCGGACGUAUCCUACUUUCAGCCCCGAUCUGCUUCCUAUUACUCCCACGCUGUCGUUCUUUAUUCUAAGAGGAUGCACAUUUUUAUACGAUUUAACGGAAUAUGAUUGGAUUCUGCUUGAGUUAAAGCGAAACCGUAUUUUUUUUAAUCGACGGUAAUAGAUAAGCGACGGAUUUUUUUUUCCCCGCCCCGUUUUUUUUCGUGUGAUAGAUCUUUAAUCUAAUAGUUUACAUUAGCGUUCAUUCAAUAACGUUGUGUUUGUGUGGAGAGCUUGGCGGAAGAUGGGCUGUUUGGGCAACAGCAAGACCGAAGACCAGCGCAUUGACGAGAAGGCUCAACGAGAGGCGAAUAAAAAGAUCGAGAAACAGUUACAGAAGGAAAGGCAGGCUUACAAAGCCACACACCGGCUACUUUUAUUAGGGGCCGGAGAAUCCGGAAAGAGUACGAUUGUCAAGCAGAUGAGGAUCUUGCACGUCAACGGCUUUAACGCAGAAGAAAAGAAGCAGAAAAUAUUGGACAUCCGAAAAAAUGUGAAGGAUGCCAUUGUAACAAUAGUAUCGGCCAUGAGCACUUUAAUACCCCCAGUGCCACUUGCCAACCCAGACAAUCAGUUUCGAUCUGACUACAUAAAAAGCAUAGCGCCACUUUCUGACUUCGACUACACAGAGGAGUUUUUUGAGCACGCAAAACAGCUUUGGGAUGAUGAGGGUGUGAAAGCCUGCUUUGAAAGGUCCAAUGAGUACCAGCUCAUCGACUGUGCCCAAUACUUCUUGGAAAGAAUUGAUUCAGUACGGCAGAAUGACUACACACCAACAGACCAGGAUUUGCUUAGGUGCCGAGUUUUGACUUCAGGGAUUUUUGAAACACGAUUUCAAGUAGACAAAGUCAACUUUCACAUGUUUGAUGUAGGUGGUCAGAGAGAUGAGAGAAGAAAAUGGAUCCAGUGCUUUAAUGAUGUGACAGCCAUCAUUUUUGUGGCAGCCAGUAGCAGUUACAACAUGGUGAUCAGAGAAGACAACAGCACUAACCGCCUGCGCGAGUCCCUAGAUCUGUUCCGCAGUAUCUGGAAUAACAGGUUUUUGCGGACCAUCUCAGUGAUCCUUUUCCUGAACAAACAGGACAUGCUGGCAGAGAAGAUCCUGGCUGGAAAAUCCAAACUUGAAGAUUACUUCCCAGAGUACACACGCUAUACAGUCCCACCUGAUGUGACCCCUGAUGCUGGGGAAGACCCGAAAGUAACCAGGGCCAAGUUCUUCAUCCGGGAUGAAUUUUUGAGGAUCAGCACAGCAAGUGGAUCAGACAAACACUAUUGCUACCCACAUUUCACUUGUGCAGUGGAUACAGAGAAUAUCCGUCGUGUUUUCAAUGACUGCCGUGACAUCAUUCAGAGGAUGCAUCUCCGCCAAUAUGAGCUUUUGUGAUUGGCUGCCACAAUUUGUGCAUUCUCCAAUCAGAUCACUUCUCCAUGCCCAGAUUUCAGCAGGUCGAUGUGAACUACUGACUAGUGACAAUAUUUUGUGAUUUUUUUCUCUAUUUUUCAUGUUUUCCUCCACUUUAUCUCCUUAUUUAUACAAGAGUGAGGUGUGUGGGGGGGGGAAGAUUUGCGUGUGUGGCAUGUUGUUUCUUGAAUCGCUUCAGUCUUGAGAAAUUUUAAUUUUGAUUUUCUACUUGCUGUGGUUGGGUGUGGACCAGCCAACCCAAUGGAAAUCUGUGGUAACAUUAGGCAAAGAAGCCUGACCUUUGAAGUCUUCUGAAGGUCUUUUAGGAGUACUUGACAUAGGGGUGGAUAAUUCACUUUUGCAUCAGUGCUCCUAAAAUGCAGACCUGGAAGUAUAAUUCACCAUGUAGCACUGCUGUAUUUAUUACUUGUCACUUUUCUCUUUAGUAUUUUUUUAUUGUGUUUUGCUUUUUUUAUUAUUUAGUUUUCUGUCAGAGGUGCAAUGUUCCAAGAAUAUGCAGGGGUUUGGAAUUAUUUAAAGAGCACAGGCUUAGUGUAGACAUGUUGGAUCAUUGGACUUGAAGUCUUCUGCACCUCAGUACUUUCUGCCUAAGAAGACUGAGUGGCCAACUGAUAAUUAAUACUUCUCUUUGCAUAGAGAGUUUCUUGAUGUUGGGAUAGUAUGUGUAUACUGUACUGUAAAUACACAUACACACAAUAUAUAUAUUCGGGGGUUAUUUUAUUAUGCUAAGGAACAUGCAAGGUUGCUUUAUCUUGCACAUGCCUGCAAAAUGUAAUGUUAUUUUGUACAUCUUAAUUGAAAAAGUGAAGAAAAAAAAACUUGUAGAAGCUCCUUGUGCCUUUGAUUACAGCUGUACCUGUAAAUGAGGAUUUAGAUAUAAAUACAUUUCUGAUGGCGCUGUACAGCUUGAUGUCAAAUCUUAACUGCAGCACAGCCUGCUGAUGGGAAGUAUGUUUCUUACUCACUCACUCACUCACUCACACUCUUUCGCUUGCUCGCUCUCUGUAGAAAUGCAUUUCUCUUUAGUUUAUAAAGAAAAUGGAAUCAUUUGGUCUUUAGUACAAAAUGGAAAUUAGGCAAAAAAAUUGUAUACAAUAUGCAAAAGUAUCCACUUACUGAUUGCAAAGUUGAAAAUGAGUACAUGCUUUUUUUUCUUUUUUCUUACAUUCAGUUUCAUUUUCCCUUUCUAAAACUCUUGACAGCUUUAAAAACCAUUGGAAAACACUAAGUAUCUGAACUUAGACACUUCUGACAUAGUAGGCGGCAUAGUUUCAGACAUGAAAUGUGUGUGGGGGUGUACACAAGGUUACAGCUGUAAGUGUAUGUGUGUGUGUGUGUGUGUGUGUGCGCGCCUGCAUGCAUGUGUAUACCCACAUCCCUCUGUUUUGUUCAACCCAAGUUGUACAUCAGCAUUUUUAUAUUUAUAUGUGUACAUAUACAUUUAUAAGGUUACAACAGAAAUUAUAUUGUAUAAACCUAUAUGUACAAUUCUACAUAGAAAUGUGUGUGCCUAUACAUAUUUAUGAAUGUCUAGUGAGGUCGUAUGCAUAGCCAUGGAUCUAGUUAGGGUGUACUGUAGAAGGUUUGACUGUCCCUUAACCUUCAGUAACAUGCAAGCACUGAUUGGGCAUCCUCACAGAUCACGGAGUAUCGCAGAGCCUUAUCUGGCAUGAUUGCACAGUAAAAUGUGAAAAGAUACCAAAAGGUAAUGUGUCAGUCAAACUGGGAUUAUUUCAUUUGUGUAGGAGAAUGACCAUGUCCUCAUGAUUUACUUCUAUGUAACCACAUAUUAAUCUAUUUGAUCAUCAUACCUGAUUCUUUGUUGUUAAAAUACACCCAACAUUUACCUUUUUAGUCAAGUUUUUCAGAGGCAGCUAAAAAGGACCCUUAAAGGGACCCUUUAAUCAUUCUUUGGGUAGGUUCUUAGCUUCCUAAAAAGAUUCUGCUUUUUAAUCCUCUCUGAUAAGGAAACAGUUGUUGGGUUUUACAUAGAAUCCCCAGAGGCACAACCCCCAGAGGCAUAACAAAAGAACCCUUAAGAGUUCUAGAUUUAACCUCAAAGAAAGAGUGGAUGCUUGUGAUUUUCAGGUUGUAAGUUUAAUUGACCAAACCUGCCAGAGAGCCAGUGCUGGGCCCUUAUUUAGGCCCCUCAAUCCUCAAAUGAUCAGAUACGUUUAAAAUGUGGAAGAUUUACAAAGUAAAUCUGCUCAAGUUAAAAAAACAACAACAACAACAACAAAAAAAAACGAACACUUUCUGCAAUCCUCAGCCUACAGGUUUAUUUUAUUUUUGUUUAAAAACAAACAAAAAAUCCUAUCCAGUUAAAUCACCGUUGGUCUUUUAUGUUGUGGUAUUUGUUCAUGUUACAUUAUAAUGUAGCAGAGAAAAUUCUGCAGAUCAGCUGGGAGUCUUUUGAAUGAGCACCUGAAGACAGAGAACUAGACUGCAUGUGGUGAUCCCAAAUUAACCCAAUAUUACAGCCCCGGAAGAUGACUGUGUGGGUGACUGAGAGCGGCCGUGAGGAGGCUCAAAAGCUGUAUCACAAAAGUUACAGCAAUGGUAGAUAAGCUAAUGCUGUUUCCUCUUCGGCUUCUUCACGUUCAAAUAUUGAGUGAUAACUGACAGAUGAAAAUACAGAACUUGGUGUUUGGCCUUCAAGGACUUAACAUGUUUUUGUUGAUUUCUUAAUUUUUAUUUUAAUAAAGAGGCACAUUAGGCACCCAUUAUCUUUGUUUAGAAUGGAAAUGUCAGAAGAAAUGUAAUUUUGAAAAUAAAAUACCUCUAAAAGUGA